CAAAAAAAAAAUCGUUUAUAAAUAUACUUCUAAGUUAUAACCUAUUAAGCUCGUAAUCAAACAGCACCGAAACGUAACAAUGCCAACACUCUCAUCCAAACCCCCCUUUACCAAUUACCCGGUCGGCGCCGCCGCGGCCACCACCCUUCUCUUCCUUUUCUUCGCCGUCGGAAUUUCCACGGUCCUCGCUAGCAACCACCACGUCAUCAAUUUCCGGUCCCCGAACCUCUUCCCGGAGGGCCUGGCGUGGGACCCGACAGCGCAGCACUUCCUGGUCGGAUCCCUCCGCCACCGCACGAUCUCCGCCGUCUCCGACGCCGGCGUGGUCGAAACCCUAAUCUCCGACCCCUCCCUCCCGGAAAACGUCACCUUCCUUGGCCUCGCCGUGGACUCCCGCAACAACCGCGUCCUCGUGGCGAUCCACGCCACGGAGCCCCUCCCUCCGUUCAACGCGCUCGCCGCCUACGACCUCCGCUCCCGCCGCCGCCUCUUCCUCUCCCCCCUCCCCUCCGCCGCCGGCGAUGACAAACGCGCCACCGCGAACGACGUCGCUGCAGACUUCAACGGCAACGCCUACGUCACCAAUUCUGUAGGAAACUACAUCUGGAAGGUUAAUCUCAACGGAGAAGCUUCGAUUUUAUCAAAUUCCCCGAAGUUCACCGUACACCCCGUGGUACGCGACACAGUGUAUAGCUUCUGCGGCCUAAACGGCAUCGUUUACAACAACAAGGGCUAUCUAUUGGUGGUGCAAUCCAAUACGGGAAAGAUGUUUAAAAUCGAUAAGGACGAUGGGACUGUGAGACAAGUGCUUCUCAACGAGGAUCUAAUGGGCGCUGACGGAGUUGCCUUGAGGGGAGACGGCGUCGUUUUGGUGGUGUCCUUUAGCAAAUUGUGGUUUGUGAAGAGUAAUGAUGGGUGGGCCCAGGGUGCGGUGUUUGACAAGAUUGACCUUGACGAGGAGGGGUUUCCCACUUCGGUUGUAGUGGGGGAGAGGGACAGGGCGUACGUGCUGCACGGGCGUGUGAUGGAGGGCAUUUUGGGGAAUUCGGAGAGGGAGAGUUUUAUGAUAGAGGAGGUGAAGUCGCCGAAGGAGAGUGAGGGGGAGAAUGUUUGGUUGUAUGUUAUGGUUGGAAUUGGGUUGGCUUAUUUCUUGUUUUGGAGGUUUCAGAUGAAGCAGCUCGUGAAGAACAUGGACAAGAAAAUCAACUGAUGAUUUGUUGUUUGGAAACAUUGUACUUUACGCUCAGUUUUUUUUGUUUGUUAGAUUUGUAGAAGUGAAAUCAUAUUAUUUAUAUAUGUGCCUUUGAAAUUAUCGUAUUAUUGGAUGUUUUUUCUUCACGAAACAUUGUAUUUGCUAACUAAAAUUGUA